CGGCUGGAGUCUCCGCCGGGCCGGAUUGGAGGUUUUGGCUCCGGUGCUUUGAAGACCGGAUCUGUCAGUGCCCGGGUGCCCACCGUGUGAUCAGUUUGUCAUGAAGAUAUGAAAUGCCUCGGAGAGUUGAGAUUCUCGAGGCACCAACACUCCCUUGGUAUGUUGCUCCACCGGACGGAACAAUGGGCACAUUCUGGCAUCGCUCCCGAUUCCCCCGUCGCUAUCUCGAACCUGACCGUUCGCAUUCUGCAGGGCAACGGGCGGGGGGAACUUCCAGGACCGCCCACCGGGAGAUCUUGUACUUAACGUUCACCAGAUCCUCGGUCCCGGCAGAACUCGAGAUCUCCGAGUGUUGAGACUCCAUCCCGGCCGACCAUGUCCUUCUCCUCCUUUUCGAGCCAAAGCUCCGCGGGAGCCGGGCGCAGGACCGGCUCCGUGAUCCUGGGCAGCUCGUCCCGCACGGUGAGGACCAGCGUGGCGGGCGGCGACUCGACCACAAACUGGAGCACCGCCAGCGUCUACGGCGUCUCGACCCGGGGCAGCCGCAUGUCCACCUCCACCUACGGCUCAGUCAAAGGCUGCGGCGUCGGCGUCGGCGUCGGGGGCUUCUACUCGGGCGGCUACAGCUCGGGGAUGCUGGAGCCGUUCGCCAUCAACGAGAAGCUGACCAUGCAGAACCUGAACGACCGGCUGGCCACCUACCUGGCGAAGGUGCGCGCCCUGGAGGAGUCCAACAGCCAGCUGGAGCUCCAGAUCCGGGAGUUCUACCAGAAGCAGGCUCCCUCCACCACCAAAGACCUGGGCGCCUACUGGGAGACCAUCCACGACCUCCGAGCCCAGAUCAACGCCGUCUUGCUGGCGAACGCCAAGGUCCUACGGCAGAUCCGUAGCGACGAAAUGGCUGCACGUCAUUUCAGAACCAAGUACGAGUCGGAGCUGGCCAUCAGACGCGAGGUGGAGAUGGACAUCAAUUUCCUGAGCAGAGAGCUCGAAGAGCUGACGGUCUCCGGGUCCGACCUGGAGUCACAAGUCCAAUCGAAGAAGGAGGAGGUGAUAUGCCUCAAGAAGAGUCACGAGGAGGAGCUGAAAUCUCUGCGCAGCCAGCUGCGUGGCACGGUGACGGUGGACGUGGACUCCGGCCCGGGUACGGAUCUGACCAAGAUCCUGGAGGAAAUGAGGGAGAAGUACGAGCUGAUGGCCGCCAAGAACCAGAAGGAGGCGGAGGCCUGGUUCAGGGAACAGUUGGCCGUCAUUCAGCAGUCCGUGGCGACGAACACCCAGCUGGUGGGCACGGAGAAGGUUCAGCUGAACAAGCACAGACGUGAACUGCAGACGGUGGAGAUGGAACUCCAGUUGCGGCUCGGUGUGAAAGCAUCCUUGGAAGAGAGCCGCCAGAAAGCAGACCGUUGCUACACCGAGCAGCUGUACCACCUCCAGGACCUGCUGCACCAGCGGGAGGCCGAGCUGGCCCAGAUCCGGGCCGACACACGGAGGCAGUGCGACGAGUACGCACGGCUGGUGGACAUCAAAACCCGGCUGGAGGAGGAGAUCGCCACGUACCGCCGACUGCUGGAAGGAGAGGAGACCAGAUUCUGUACAGUAAUCGUAGACGGUACCGUAGAAAAGGACAGGGAACCGGAGGUGAUUACCAGAAAGAAGAUCAUCACUAUAACGGAAACACUCAUUGAUGGGCAGGUCGUUGACUCUCAUCAAGAGGUUAAAGAGGCAAUCAUUUAACCGACCUCUUCUCACCCAGUUGUGAUAAACUUCAGAAGACAUAAGUGCCAUUAACUUACAAAUUAUAACUUGCUUCUUGGGAUU